UCAAUGGCGAGCCUCUCCAUCGCGCCGCUCAAGCCUCCGCCCGAGGGCGAGCCGCUCGGCUGCUCUCCGAGCUCGACCAUGGAUACGCUCCGGCCACCCAAGCCUGCGGGCGCAACUGCGUGCGCCGCCUCAGCCCACCACGCAAUUCGCAUCGCCCCCGAUGGCGUCCUUGUCUCGGGGAGCAGCGCGUUGCACGAGGAGGGCGAGGUCUUUGUGGCGCACCUCGGGCUUGGUGAGGUGUGGGGCGCACCCGUGGCGUCGCCCACUCCGCUCAACGUGCCCGGCCUCCGCGCCACCGCCGCCGCCGCCGGCUCGCUCCACUCGCUGCUCCUCGACCGAGACGGCGCGGUCUGGUCGUGCGGUGCGGGCUGGGAGGGGCCGCUAGGACACGGCGACGAGGCGACGGUGCCCGUCCCGCGCCGGAUCAGCUCGCUCGCAGUUGCAGUGCAGAGCAUCGCUGCGGGAGCGGCGCACUCGCUCGCGGUCUGCUCUGGCGGACAGGUGCACGCGUGGGGCUGGGGCCGGCACGGCCAGCUCGGACACGGAGGCCGCUCCUCGGUUCUUUCGCCGCGGCGCGUCGAAGCAGUCUCGCCCCCGACCCGCGCCAUCCAGGCCGCCGCGGGCUGCGCCCACUCUCUGCUCCUCUGCUCGGACGGGAGCGUGCUGCAGUGCGGUCGAGCUGCUGCGUGUGCGGCGGCAGGCGCCAAGCAGGACGACGACGACGACGAGGAGGACGAGGGUGAGGACGAGGGUGAGGACGAGCGGCUCGCGCGAGACGUGCUCACGCCUCGCCGCGUCGAGGUCGCUCCUCUGCGCGUGGUGCGCCUCUCCGCCUCUGGCGACGGCUCCAGCGCAGAGGGGGAGGGCGGGCGCUGCUUCCGGUGGGGCGUCUGGCGGGAGGGCGAGGCUGGGGCGCGAGGGGGGCGCUGAGCCUGCAGGGAUGGAUGUUCGUGGACAAGGGGGGGUAGCGGGAGGGAGGGCGUGGCUAGGAGCGGAUCCGCUUUCGUGCAUGUCGCGGCGGCCGGGGCGUUGCGCGCGUUUCCCCGCCGCCGCGUGUGUGGCGCGGAGACUGUGCCCUCUCUCUAGAUACGAGCGAUCGGCGCGUGGAGCGUUCGUAGAUCACAUCGCGGCUAUAGCACAUCGCGCGCGGCGGUCGCGUUUUGUGGGAGUGGCAGCGUACAUCACUGAGAGAAGUGAGAACCCCUCUCCCCAUUUCUCUCGUACGUACAAUCUGACAACUUUUUG